GCGCUGCGCGGCUCGGCGCGGCUUGGACACCGCGCUGCGGCGCCGCGGACUCGUGUCCCCGGCCGAGGCGAGCGAGUUACCGCUUGCAAGCCCAGCUGCCUGGCAGGGCGAAAGAGAGACAAACUAAACGCCAACGAAACCCGAGCCGCUACUCCUGCUUGGUUUUAUUUUAUCUUCUGUAAUUAUUUCGGGAAAAGAUAACAACAACAACAACAACAAAAUACACCGCCGUGUUUUUAGCAAUUCGUGCUGCGUUUGCAGUUGUUUCCAGCACGCCCCUGAUAAACAAAGGAAAGGGGGGAGGGGGCCCGCGUUUCGCAGAAGACAUGCGUUCCGUCAGGAAGAGGUGGACUGUGUGCACCGUAAGUCUCCUCCUCAUCUUCUAUAAGACGAAGGAAAUAACGCGGACCGAGGAGCGCCAGGAGAUACCUCUCGCCGGAGAUGGUGAACUGAGUUUGAGUAGAUCAAUGAUCAAUAGCUCUGGUAAGAUAAUUCGAAAGGGUGGCUCCUCAAUCUUCCAACAUGCUGCAGAAGGUUGGAAAAUCAAUUCUUCUUUGGUAAUGGAAAUAAGGAAGAACAUACUGCAGUUCUUGGAUGCUGAAAGAGAUGUCUCAGUGGUCAAAAGCAGCUUCAAGCCAGGAGAUGUAAUUCAUUAUGUACUGGACAGACGUCGCACUCUAAACAUUUCUCAGGAUUUGCACAGCCUUCUCCCUGAAGUUUCUCCAAUGAAAAAUCGCCGAUUUAAAACGUGUGCAGUUAUUGGGAAUUCUGGCAUCCUUCUGAAGAGUGGUUGCGGAAAAGAGAUUGAUAACCAUGACUUUGUAAUAAGGUGCAAUCUAGCUCCUGUGGUGGAGUUUGCUGCCGAUGUGGGAACUAAAUCUGAUUUUAUUACCAUGAACCCAUCAGUUGUACAAAGAGCAUUUGGAGGCUUUCGGAAUGAGAGUGACAGAGAAAAAUUUGUGCAUAGACUAUCCAUGCUGAAUGACAGUGUCCUUUGGAUCCCAGCUUUCAUGGUCAAAGGUGGAGAGAAGCAUGUGGAGUGGGUUAAUGCAUUAAUCCUUAAGAAUAAAUUGAAAGUGCGAACCGCCUAUCCAUCACUGAGACUGAUUCAUGCUGUCAGAGGCUAUUGGCUGACAAACAAGGUCCACAUUAAACGACCCAGCACAGGUCUCCUCAUGUAUACACUUGCCACCAGAUUUUGUGAUGAAAUUCACCUGUACGGAUUUUGGCCAUUCCCAAAGGAUUUACAUGGAAAACCAGUCAAGUAUCACUAUUAUGAUGACCUGAAGUAUCGGUACUUUUCUAAUGCCAGUCCUCAUAGGAUGCCAUUGGAGUUUAAAACGUUGUAUGUGUUACAUAACAGAGGAGCACUUAAAUUAACAACAGGGAAAUGCAUACAGCAAUAAAGCAUAUGUAAAGUACAAUAAAUAUAGAAUACACACCUCAUAAUAAAGAUGUUGUGGAAUGACAGUGGGACCACAGUGGGGAUUUGUUUCAGUACCCACUAAGUCAUUGGAAAAAAGUGUUAUAUUAGAAGUACAUAACCAGCUGUUAUACCUGUAAAGUGCUAUAUAACUAAGCUGUUUUGACUGCAAGGGUUCAAGUAAGUGCCACUUUCACUAAGAACAAAGCUUGAAUGUAUGCUCAGUAGUGUUUACAGGAUGCAGUGACACAUUCAUCACAAAUUAAAGAAGAAAAAGAGCCUGACAAUUUGCAACUGUGAUCAGACAGCACGCACAAGAAUACCCAGUGGAUGGAAUAUUUACUUGAGUAAAUAAAUCAGGCUUUGGCAGAAAAUACCAUGAUGGAUUUGAGUAGAGAAAGUGAAGUCUGUAAUAUCAAACAAAUCAGUAAAUGCCUUCAGUCUGAGAACUGUUUCUAUAUUGUAUUAUAACCUCAACUUUUGUUGCUGUUUUUCUUGUGUGUUGGUUGGGGUUUGUUGCUUUUAAGUUUUGGAACCCUUACAAGAUUUCAAGGAUGUUAUGAGUAAUUAAAUUUUUUAUCUCAUGGAACUGUCAUAAAGAAAAAAAAUUUGUAACUGUGGGAGGGUCGAGGGGAACGUCAAAUAUUUUAUCAAGUGUUAUUAUGUUGUAUCCUGAUGUCACACAAUCCUUAACAUCCCAAUUGUUUUUCUAGCUAUUGUUGUCAGUACCCAUUACAUGAAACCAUUUUUGGUUUCAUUUUUGUCUGACUUAAAGAGAAGUUCUCUCCUGUACAGAUUUGAAGACAUGUGGGUGCCCUUGUUUUCAGUGCCAAAGAUUACUUUUUAUACACAUUUUUUCCUUAUCUUGGAGAAAUGGUGUGGAUUUAUGUUUCUUUGCUGCUUAAGGGAACAUAUUAUUUGUUAUUUAUAAUUUUGAAGCCUCUCAAAUCAAAGCCUCUUUACUGACUUCACAAAGAGAAUUCUUCAGAAAAAUCUGCAGGAGUAAAGAAAAUACUUCAUGCAUUCAAAUAUAUAUGUGUAUGUGUGUGUGUGUAUAUAUAUAUAUAUAUAUAUACAGUUUUAUUCUUGAUAGAAAGGAAAAGUCUAAAGAAACUCAGGUGACAGUGGA